AUGAUAGCAGGCCCUAUGGGCCAGGCAGGAGGCACGACGGAGUCCGCUAAGAUGGUUAAAGGAGUGGAGAACCUUAAUGAGUAUGAAACAGAGUCUCGCGAAGCCCCCGCGCGUGACAAGCAGUCACUAGAGAAAGCUUCACCAGCGCCGGCUUGGCGCCUAGAACGCCUGUCGAAACGCUAUCUGAAAGCCAAGUCGCAAUUUUAUGAACCCCACACUCCGGUCAGGCCGACGGAGGCCGGCCGGGUUGAAGAUAUUAAUCCCGCGGACGUAUAUCAGGCAGCAGUCAACUUCAGCAGCUUGACCCUCUAG